UGCAGAUCCAACCUCACGCUGCACCGCCGGGCCCACCACAUGCACCUACCACUGCACCGCCUGCAACAAACACUGGAAGUUCCACGCCAGCUACGCCUACCACAUGAAGAAGUUCCACGGGAGCAGCGGUGUGGCGGGUGCCGGCCGGUGGUGUGCUCUGCGUCAGCACUCCCUGACCUGCCGCGUCCACCACACUCAGAGCACAGGGCAGGAGGCAGCUUUGGAAGACAUGCAGGGGGUGGCAGGGAGGUCAUGAAGCCACUCCCUGACAGUGCACCAGGUUGUGGCUCCCUGCUCAGCCCUGCCCACUUCAGCAAGCAAGGAACUGACAGCCUUGUCCUGCUGUCAGAGAUGAGGAAGAUUCAAGUGUACCCACCUCCAAACACCUCCCACCAGGCGCCUCCUGCAGGGGAGAUCAUUGUGGAGGUGUUGGAGGACACGGAUGCAGAGUACCAGUACAUCAUCUUGGUGGAGGACGCUGCCGUGGCCCACUUCACCAUGACGGACACUGCUGCCACAUGGAACACCUCAGGCCGCCAGUGUAAGUGUUCUCUGUCAGUGUUGUAGUUGGGUUAGGUUAAGUUUAGGGUAUCUUCAAACACAUGAUAGCCAGCACCUCGUGGUAUAAAUCAACAAAGAAUAACCUCACUUUGUUGUAUAGAAAGUGGGUGUUCAUCACUCCGGCAUCUGUAUAUGUCACCUCAGUUCUUGAGCCUGUGGUGGGUAAGAGCUUGGUACUCAAAGGUACUGCUAGUGUGACAUCCAGGUCACCACAGUUUACCUUCUCUAGAUUUUCCCAGGUGCUCAUUUCCUGACCUUCCUGAAAGGGGAGCAUGAAGAGUUUGGUAGGCUGGGCGCCGACUGCCUCAGGUUGGGAUUGAACCCAGGCCUGCUGGCUCAUAGCUAGGCAUGCCAACCACUACACUGCUAAGGUGCCACUAAGUAGGCAAGGGUAA